AUAAUACUGUCAGAUCAGUAGUUCAAAUGUUAUAACACAUGUUUACGUCCUUAGUGUAGAAUUAUCUAUUUAAAAAAAUGUUUUUAAAUCGAUUGCGCCGGGAAUUCCCCAGGAGUAUUCGUAAAUACUACACGGUCAAUUCUAAUGCCGUAAACAAACAGCAGGAUGUUAUUGCCAAAGAUAUUCAGAUGCAAAUUAAAGCCACAGGACCAAUUACAGUUGCAGAAUACAUGAAGAAAGUUCUCAUACAUCCAAUGGGUGGUUAUUACAUGCACAAAGAUGUGUUUGGAGCUGGUGGAGAUUUCGUAACUUCCCCUGAGUUGGGUCAAGUGUUUGGGGAGAUGGUGGCGGUGUGGUUACUAAAUGAGUGGUCAAAAGUUGGCUCCCCAAAACCAUUUCAAAUUGUUGAGUUAGGACCAGGAAGAGGAAGCCUCUGUCAAGAUGUACUGAGAGUUUUCGAUCAUUUCGGCGCUUUGAAGUCGGCGAGUGUAAGUUUAGUGGAAAUGAGUCCGUUUUUGAGUGAUACUCAAGCGAGACGACUGUGUUUAAAUUCGAAUGCAAUUCAUGAUCAGCAACAGCCGUUCUAUCGAGAAGGUGUCACGUUACAAGGAGCUCCCAUAAAAUGGUAUCGGAAUAUACAGGAUGUUCCAAAAAUGUUCACUUUACUUGUAGCUCAUGAGUUCUUUGACGCUUUACCGAUUCACAAAUUUCAAAAAACCGAUAAAGGAUUUAGAGAAAUCUUAAUCGAUAUAAAUCGUGAGAAGGAUUUGGAAUUUAGAUACAUUAUAGCUAGAGACGAGACUCCGGCUUCGAAAUUAUUCGCAGAUGCUUCUGAUACCAGAGAACAUAUCGAGGUGAGCCCGGAGAGUUUGGUAUUGGUUAAAGAUUUGGCCUCGCGUUUCGAGGAAGACGGAGGUAUGGGAUUGAUUGCGGAUUACGGUCACGAUGGCACUGGAACAGAUACUUUCCGAGCGUUCAAAAAACACCAACUUCACGAUCCGCUGGUAGAUGCAGGCAAUGCUGAUUUGACAGCGGAUGUUGACUUUUCAGCUCUCAGAAAGGCCGCCACGGAGGAAGGCAAAGUGUUGGCGUUUGGACCAAUAACGCAAAAUAAAUUCUUGCUGAAUAUGGGAAUCGAGCACAGGGUUAAGAAGUUGGAAGAGAACUUGGACGAAGAACAAAAAAAAAUUCUAUGGUCCUCGUUCCAUAUGAUGACCGAUCAGGAUAAAAUGGGCUCGAGGUUUAAGUUUUUAUCGUUACUACCGGCAGUUUUGGACGAAUUACUCAAGAAAGCCCCAGUCGCUGGUUUCAAUUGAUUUGUAAAUAAAUUAUUUAUUCAUCGAACGAAAUAAAAAUGUAGUUGUACAUAUAUUAUUCGUUGCGUAACAGUGGACAUAGAUUUUAUGAAUUGCACCAAUGCCAGGAUUUGCUGUUUAAGUGCAACCUCUCAGUUCACUUCAUGCACUUGCCCUAUUCGAAGCAAUAAUCGAUAGAGUACAGACUCUCGUAAAUCAGUUUGUAUCAACAAACUUUUGUAAUAAAAUCGUGCAUAAUAAAAAUACAUUUUUAUUUCGAUCAAACACUUGUGUGUAUCUACAUAAUAAACGAUAUAAAGUCUGAGAAAAUUUGUACGUAGACUGGUUUAUAAAUAAAUGAAAUGUCGGUGAUGUGAAAGUACAAUUAAAAUAGUGUCUCCCAGGAAGACUUUUUGGACGUCGUCCAAAGAGUUUCAGAACAAAACACAUAGACGACAUAUAAAUGGGAUGGAGACGGCACAACAAAAAUAAGCUAGUAUCUUGUUUUCCUUUUUAUUAUUCAUUCGCUUACUCCUUUUUCUACCAGUUUAUACCACUUGUUGACCACUUCGCACUACAGAAUGGGCAUUUCCAGGAGAAAACGUUUCUGUGAUUUUGAUUAAUCGGUAAAUACAGAAAAAAAAAAAGACUUACUUUAUUGCAAUAAUAACUGAUUCAUCUCACAUGGUUUUGGAUGGAAAUCUGUAUGGACUUUCCAAAUUAAUGUGCGAGGAGAGUUUAUCAACGGCCGCAUGACGAAUUCCGUUCAGUUUUGAAGUGGCCGCGAAACAGCUAUGUUCGCUGCGUGGAUCCAACAAACGAGACGCGAUCGCUGUUGAACAUUUUCUACUACAACUACUACAAUUAUUGUUAUUCAUCAAAAUUUAAAAUUUACACUGUGACUUCAAAGAUGUAACAGCACCUCGCUCCACGCUCAUGACAAAUAACAAAAUUUGCUGUCCCUGUGAUCCACUAUUCAAAAAAAUAUUGAAGAUGAACGAUUUUCUAAACAAUGUUUCAUUCAUUUUUAUAGUACAUUGCUAUCGGUUCUCCAAAGUGUAGUUAAAUAGAUGAAUGCCUAUGUUUGUGCAAAGUAAGUUUAUGAUAAGCCAAUGUUCUAGAAGACUUACUUGUAUGUUUACUUAAUGGAUGAAUGUAAAUUAAAUCCGUUUUGACGAUAGCAGAGAACUUUUCACAUAAUCGCACGCACAAUCGACGUUUCUAUAUAUUUAUUGUUAUUAUUAUUAUUUUUUUGUCUCGACGCAAAUUCGAUUAAAAUGAGAGUGGAGACUGGUCGAGAAUUUGGAAGAACAAUUAGUGUAACCAAUUAGAGCCAUGAGGUAAAUGCAAAAAGACAAUAAGAGAACGCAGCGGGGAUUCGUGUAUGUGAGUGAUUGUGCUGUGUUUUUUAUUAAUUCAUAACUUAUUACGAGUGAGAGUUCCAAAUCUUCGAGUUUCGUUUAAUUCUUUCUUCCCAAGAGUUUUUGUACUGAAGU